AUGAAAGUCAUUACCGCCAACUUUGUGACAUGCGCUGUCAAGGAGUGCAAGACAUCGCCAACUUCCUUUCCUCUGCAUUUCCAUGACGCCGAAUUGGAGCAACAAGAAUUGAAUUUUCAACCUGAAUUCAUCCGCAAUAUAAUUCCUCGGAUUGACUGGGAAGGCUUACGGGUCACUGCAAAUGAGCUAGGUUUCCCAAGCCUCCCCGAAUCCAAACCGGAGGGAGAGGCCCUCAACAAUGAGCAAACACUCCAGGAUUUGCACCGGCUGCUGAUGGAGACCCAAGUCAUGGAAGGGAAGUUGAUCUGUGGAAACUGCGGCCACGAAUACAUGAUUAAAGAAGGAAUUGCCAAUUUCCUCCUUCCCAGCCACCUAGGUAAGAGAAAUAUCAUCAAUCAGCAAGAGGUUAUGCUCGCUAACGCCCCAUCCAGUUUGAGUUAA